AUGGAGCAAAACAAGCGAUCAAACGGCGACAUCAAAGUCCAAGAAAGUCGAAAUUAUUUGAAACGAAAACAUAAAGGAUCACCCUCAAGCGUGUCUUCCUCAAUUAGUAAUCUCACAGAUGUAACCUCCAAAGCUUACACACCAUCCAAAAUUACGAAUGAGCGAAAAUCCGUGGACCGUCCGACAAUAACUAGCUAUGAAUUACAGGAAAAACUGGGCCAAGGAAGUUACGGCGAAGUGUUCAAAGCGAGAAAUAAAGAAAGCAAUGACUUAGUUGCCUUAAAAAGAAUGUCAAUCGGGGACGAAGGGAAAGGGAUACACCUCUCAACUAUACGGGAAAUCAAUAUCCUUAAACAACUGAACCAUAAGAAUAUCAUCCCCUUACGUGAUGUUGUUGUCGAUCCAGAAAACCGAAAUAUCUAUAUUGUACUCCCGUAUAUGGAGCAUGACUUGGCAGGCUUACUGCAUAACCCAAACGUAAAAUUAACUGCGCAAGAUAUCAAGACUUACCUAAAACAAUUAUUAGAAGCAACAGCGCAUAUGCAUGAAAGCGGCAUCCUUCAUCGAGAUAUAAAAGCUUCUAAUAUCUUAAUCAACAAUGACGGUAUUUUACAGAUUGCAGAUUUUGGUCUUGCUCGGGAUAUGGAUAACGGUAAUGAAGAGUACACCAAAUCUGUUGUUACUAGAUGGUAUAGACCACCAGAGUUGAUUCUUGGUGAAGGGCGAUACACCAGUGCAAUUGACAUGUGGGGCGUUGGAUGUGUUUUCGGCGAGCUGAUAAAAUCGCGGGCUAUAUUACAAGGACAAGACGACCUUGAUCAAUUAAAAAAAAUAUUUAAUUUGUGUGGCUCGCCCAAUCAAAAAAACAUGCCUAACUGGCACAAAUUACCAGAUGCUAGGAAGACCCGGUUCAAAAAAACUGUGAGACGUGUUCGACGUGAUUAUUCGAGUUUUGAUCCUCUUGCUGCAGACCUCUUGGACAAGCUACUGGUUCUUGACCCGAAAAAACGGUUAACAGCUUUAGAAGCUCUUGACCACAAUUAUUUCUCUUCCUCGCCUUUGCCCACAGACCCUGCCAAUCUACCCAAAUAUGAAGCAUCACACAAUUAUGAUCGUCAUAGAAACAAGAAACCUCGACAUGAUUAG